AUGAGCUUGCGGGGCAUUGGAGGGGGUGAUGGGAAGAAUGAUAAGAGGUAUGGGGGAAGAGAUGAGAAAAGAUUCGCCAUUAAAACCCCCUUCCCUUCCCUCUCAACAGUACCUCAAGCGACCAUCGUGGGGCGGGAGGCCGUACAUAUGAGGGCUGGUAGUGACCUUAACAUCACCUGCAUCAUCACAGGGGCCACCCAGGCCUCACCUGUCACCUGGAACGCACCUCCCAGCCCAGGCAGCAGUAGGAGAAGUGUGGUAGAGGAGGUCAAUGCCGGGGUACGUGGUGGUGUACAGCUGGUGACAGACCGUCGGGCGGGCACCAGCUGGCUCCUCGUGACACAAGCCACCUGGCGGGACGCGGGCACCUACACCUGCAGCCCCGCCCACGCCCUCCCCGCCUCCCUCACUGUGCACGUCCUCGAUGAGGAGACCCCGGCGGCGAUGCAGCCUCACCUCCAGCCCUCCACUCCACUUACCCCUCUAACUCCAGGCUCCACCUCCUCCACCUUCACGUUGUCGUCGUCGUCUCCACUCUCGUCUCAUGCAGGAUGGCCCAUAUACGUCCUCACGAUCCUCGCUCUCUUGAGGCCGUUUUUCAAGACAAUAAACUCGUCUUGGCUUUGA